UUAUAGGAAAUAACGCCUUACCGUGAGAGCGCGUGCUGGACGUGAAACAGAAGGCAAAGUUGUCUAAUUCUGACCGCACACUAUUUUAAACAAGCCGAGAUUAGCUCUGCAUGUGCAACGUUGUGUCUGAGUGCGCAGCUGUCACGGAAACACGCCGGUGUCACGGGAGCUCGCGUUGCACCGCUCAUCAAACAACGAAGGCUUGGAACCUUCACGCGCACAUUUUUUUUUCUUCAAAAGGAGGCGGAUUACAAGCAAAAAGAAAAAAAAAAAAGUUGGCAAACCGAAACUCCGUGCGUACCAGCGCACGAGAAGGAAGUGUAAUGAAACGGGAAUGCGGCUUGUUUUUGAUGUGUUAGGAGCUGAGAAAUCGACACAUCAGCUGCUGUUCGGCGUCACGCUGUCAAUAAAGACAACAACAACAACACAGGUGAAGCAGGUGACUUGGGAAUAUUCACAGAGCCAGAUUGGAGGCAUGAGGCGUGCUCAGAUUGUUCAAUGUGCUGUGAAGACAUUUAAAUCGGAUCUGAGGUGAAGGAGCGUACAGAAGAGAAAAACGUUAACGUGACUUUAUAGUUUGUGUCUCAGUCAUCACUUAUGGAUAUCUUGCUUCCACGCACCGGCCACUGGACAGCUGUUUUGGUGGCAUGUACACUGGCUGAGAUGUGAUCCUGACACCUUUACGCACCUUUACGCAUUUUUACGCACCUUUACGCGCACGCACGUGUACAUCCCCUGUCCCCAGGUAGCCUCCUAAAUACACCACCUUAUAUUUCUGUGACAAAAUGAUGAGCACCGGUCCAAGCAUCGUGUACGAGUGGCUGAAAACGCUCCAGCUUUGUCAGUAUGUCGAAGCGUUCGUGGAUAACGGCUACGACGACCUGGAAGUUUGUAAACAGAUCGGAGACCCCGAUCUGGACGCAAUCGGCGUGUUUAUACCACACCACCGACAACGUAUUCACGACGCCGUGACAAGACUCAAAGACGAGGACAAGCAGGCUGCCUCGGGGCUUUAUUUCACCUUAGAGCCGCUGAUCCCGAGCCUCAGGGGAUCCAGGUCUUGGACAGAUCAAAUUGGAAUGACGUGCACGGGGUCACACCGGAACCUGACCUUCCAUAACCGGGAGCUUGUAGUCUACCCAAAACUGAAGCUGAAGAUCAUGAUCAGGGAUAAACUCAUUAGGGACGGGAUUAAUCUGUCUAGGCCUCCAUAUUCUAACAAGGAUGGCUCUCUGGGUAAUAUCGACGAUCUAGCGCAGGAAUACUCGGAAUACUACAACACGUGCUUCAGUGACGUCAGCGAGCGCAUGGAGGAGCUACGCCGGCGUCGCGUCUCCCAGGAGCUAGAGAUGGAUAAAACAGACACCAGCUCCCUCCAUCUGAACUCUGAGCUCCAGGACUCCCUCAGUUUCAGCAGCCAGGUGUCUACACCAGAAACGGAAAGAAAGAUUUCUCUGCACAAGUCCAACUCCGAAGACGGCUCAGGAAAAUGGGAUAGCAAGAAGAAAAACAAAUCCUUCUGGCAAAACUUCAGAAAAUCCCAGAAAGGGCUCACACGACAGAGCUCGAAAGGAGAGGACGUCGGCUACGUGGCCAGCGAGAUCACGAUGAGCGACGAGGAGCGCAUCCAGCUGAUGAUGAUGGUCAAAGAAAAGAUGAUCACGGUGGAGGAGGCGCUGGCUCGGCUUAAGGAGUAUGAGAGGAGCAGGCAGUUGAGCACCAGUUCAGACACUGCAGAGUGUGCUGAUGGAUCCAGUCCCUCUGUUAACCUGCCCUCCACCUGCAACUCUCGCGAACAGUCUGACGACGAGCAGGAAGACUCUGUGAAAUUCAAAAGGCUUCACAAACUGGUCAACUCCACACGCCGUGUACGCAAGAAACUUAUCAAAGUCGAUGAUGGCAAAAGGCAGGGGUCUGAAGACUCUCUGAGCUUGGACACGUCCCCUUCGUGCGAGGACACCAGCGCCCUGUACGCAGACGUCAAUAAAAAAGGCGCCCGCUGCACGGUGGACUCGUCGCUGUCCUCUUUGACCAAGGAUCAGGUCUCAGUGGACGAAGACAGGGACAGCUUAAGUACAUCUCCAUCUUCUAGCAGCCUGGAGGCAUGGACCUCUGGACACAGGCUGGUAAAGCCCUCGCCUAAACCGCACGGCCUGGUCCGGGCUCUAGCCAGCACCGGUGCCGGUACCGAGGACGAGCCCCAGUCCAGGAAGUCGUCUCUCUCUCACGGAAGGACGUGUAGCUUUGGGGGUUUCGAUCUGUCCAACCGAUCACUUCAUGUGGUCAGCACAGCUUCUGAGCCUCAUGAGCAGGAGGCUCUGAACAGGGAUGUAAUAAAGUCUCCGACAAGCUCUCGCAUCUCUCUGGGAAGGAAAGUAAAGUCUGUGAAAGAGACAAUGAGAAAACGCAUAUCCAAGAAAUACAGCAGUUCUCUUUCUGAACAGUCCAGUCCAGAUGGGAUUCCCAGCUCUCCUCAAUCUCCUCAGCCAGACACUGACUCCCUGGAAAAGCCCAAACUAAAGGCAGGAGGAUCUGUGGAGAGUCUACGCAGCUCUCUGAGCGGACAGAGCUCCAUGAGUGGCCAGACUGUAAGCACCACAGACUCGUCUGCCAGUAAUCGUGAGAGUGUGAAAUCAGAGGAUGGGGAUGAUGAAGAGCCUCCGUACAGAGGGCCGUUCUGUGGCAGGGCCAGAGUGCACACAGACUUCACUCCCAGCCCUUAUGAUACAGACUCGCUCAAACUAAAGAGAGGAGACGUGAUCGACAUCAUCAGUAAGCCACCCAUGGGCACGUGGAUGGGGCUACUCAACAACAAGGUCGGAACCUUCAAGUUCAUCUAUGUAGACGUCCUGGUGGAGGAGGAGGAGAAACCCAAACGCACCAUCAGGAGGAGAAGAAAGGGUCGAGCUCCAAAACCCAGCUCUGUAGAAGAGCUUUUAGAAAGGAUCAACCUAAAAGAGCACAUGCCUACGUUCUUGUUUAACGGCUAUGAGGAUUUGGACACCUUUAAACUGCUUGAAGAAGAGGAUCUGGAUGAACUGAAUAUCAGAGACCCUCAACACAGAGCUGUACUCCUCACUGCUGUAGAGUUACUACAGGAGUAUGACAGCAGCAGUGACCCCGAGCGCAGUGCCCUCUCUGGCUCCCAGGAAAAACUCCUCAGUGAGGGGAGGGGCUUGGCAGCUAACUCCCCCCGGGAUUCUGGUUGCUAUGAAAGCAGCGAAAACCUGGAGAACGGUAAGCCUCGUAAAUCUCGCUCAAGUCGCCGUUCUUCUGGCUUUGAAUCUGGUCGAGGCCAGUCUCUGGAUUUCCCCACACUUCCCAUCAGCAACUCCACUGAGGAGCUGCAGCAUCAGUCCAAGAAAGAACGCAAGUUCCCCAAGCACUUUCUUCCCCGCCCUAUCAAGGGCUUUAGCCUGCGUUCACUGGGCCUGAGAAAGGGUCUUCAAUCAGGACAGAUGUGUAAGAUGGCAGCCAGUCGCAGCUGCGAGGAGCUUGAUGGGACUUUAGAUGCUCCACAGUGCUGGAAAAGGUCUCAUUCUCUGGGAGACAUACAGUGGCAGCAGGCCUCUGACCAGAGCAAGGAGAAAAGAAAUGAGACCCAGCGUGGUGAUAAAAGGCAGAGAGAGGCAAACUUCGCAAUUCUUCAGUCCAGCACUCAGAACAGUGGAGAAUCCCAGUUGAACUCAAAAACAGAACUGUGCAGUGCAAAACGGGUCGAGAGACCUCUAGUGCCCACCCAACUGCCUCUUAAGCCUUCAUGCCAAGCUCCAGUUAAACAGCCAGACUCUGCCCCAACCAGCCCGGCUCCUCGUACUCACCCCAAAAAGCCUCCUGUUCCCCCUCCUGUUCCUGCCAAAAAGACCAAAGAGCGGGUAGUAAAUGGGUUGCGGCACCCAUCUUUUGCCCUGCCAAGUUCUAGUCCAGGCACACCAUCUCUGUCCUCUAAACCCUUAAGCAGUCCUACUAGCCCCUCUGAAAGUAUCCCAUCCACAUCAGUGUCUCCAGAUGAUUCAGAGAAACCGCCAGCGUGGCUCUCUGACUUGCCCGAGUCUGCCUGCCCACAGAUUCAGGGAGUCAAGAUAUCCCUCGGCAAGAAGAUCUCCCAUGCCAAAAUCACCGAUUUGGAGACGUUACUGGGGGAGAAGCUUUGCUCAGAGGGCAUCGAUCUCAUGGCAGAACCAUACUCGGAUAAGCAUGGCCGCUGCGGUAUUCCUCCGCUGUUAGUGCAGAGAUACUCUGAGGACUUCCAGCAGCCACUGAAAGACGUGGCCUCCACUCUGGACCAAAUCAGAGUUAAGCAGCUACGCAAGGAGCACCGCAUGGCUAUUCCGACUGGAGGGUUGAUGGACAUGUGUCGGAAGCCCGUGUCUCCAGUGCACUUGAGCUCCAUAUCUGACUGGCUGGUGUCCAUUGGCAUGCCUAUGUAUUCCGACCUCCUGCUAGCGGCGGGUUACGACACGCUGGGCUGCUUGUCUGCUCUUACCGAGGCAGCAGUACGCAAGGCAGGACUACAGGAGGAGCGACACAUCCGCCGGUUGCUUAUUGAAGCUCAGCUCAUCGCAACCAGCAGCAGACUUAACAACUUGUGACUGCUUAAUGAAUAGCCACAAACUGCUGACUGCGCUGAUCUGAGGAUCAAACGUGUCACUUCCAGUGGAGAAAAAGUGCUGGAUGAGGAAUGGGGAAUAAACCUGGGUUCUCUGUAGCAUUUCAUGAAAAAUAUCUCUUCAUCUGCAUUUUCCAAGCAUUUGUUAUGUCCUUUUCUUUAACUCUGUGAUGCUGAUGUUUACAGAAAGGACCUCUGUGGCUUCCAGGAACCGUUAGUGGUGGAUCUUUGUAACAAUCCUAAAAGGCUUGCUUUUUUUAAAAGAAAGAAAGAGCACAUGAUUUUUGAGAUUUUUAUAAAGAUUUUGGCUUAAGACUCAAGACUGUUUUGUCCUGUUCUGAUGAAUACUUGUUUGUAAGGAAGAAGGACAUUUUGUGCUUCUUCGGCACGGCGAGAUGUCGUAGCCCGGCCAAAUUUCUGUAAUUUCCUGCAGGUUAAUCGGUUAAACGCGCAACUUUUCAGCUAGAAAUAAAUACUAUUAUCAGUUCAUUAUGGGAUGUUAGUUUUAAUGCUAGAUCGGAGUUUACGUUCUGAGCGCUUAGAUCAGGAUGAUGUGUAUUUUAUUUUAUUUGCCGAAGGGAAUAUAUUUGUAUAGUCUGUAAGCCAUUUCAGCUUCCUCUGUGUCAAGGGGUUAAGUUGUAAAGCAUUGUAAAGCCUUUUUUUUUUUUUUUUUUUUUUGCCUUUACUUACUUAAAGUAUACAUCUAAUAAUGUAUAUUCAGAUAGCAUUUAAUCAUAGAAUACACAGUAUCUUAACUUUCAUUACUCGUCUGUUCUGGGAUCAAAUCAUUUAUUCCUGAAUUAUUUUACAUACCUUUAAGCUUUGCCUUUGCCAUCAUGAACGAUGGACACCACAGUAAUAAUUCUCUUCCACGGUGAUAACGUGCUUGUAUUUAAUGUAAACACUUUGGAGUUUUAGAGCUUUGAGGAAAACCUCCCCAACACUGUGGCAAUACUUAAAUCCUAAUAUGUAAACUCGCUCCUAAAUGUCGUCCUUGCCAAGUGAAAAGCACAGUCUGAAACGCCAAAACUAAUAGAAAGUGCUCAGAUCGAAACAGCGUCCUUCUGGAGGAUGCACGGUAGAAAAAAUGUCUUGAGUGGGAAUCCAGAUCAGUGAAGACGCUCAGACUGAUGAGGCUCCAGACUGAUGAGUCUCUGCAUCAAGGGACCCGUGACGAUGUUUUUCUUUUUGGUAACACAUUCUUUUAUAGAGUUUAUUUUGGGGGGAGAGAGAGAAAGAGACCACAGGCGCUGGCAUGACUUUUAAUCCGAACACAUCUGCCAAUGGCUUGAGGAUGGGAUUCUACCCAUUAAUGAGGAGUUUAAACUUCAAGGAAGUGUGUAGCUUGUAAAUAAAUGAGGAUCAGGACACAGAAGGUAUGAUGUGGCCCAAUGCACAGUAACUUAAAAAACUAAAGCAGGAAGUAUUUUACUCCUUUUUAUUACAGCAAUUUAAAAAUGAUUACAUUCUUUACGCGGAUGAUUUUUGUCAGUUUCUUUUUAACCCUUAAUAUCUCUUUUACCCUCUCGCUCAAAGUUAAUAGACGACGACGACGACGAAAAGUGUUGUCUCGUUUUAAGAAAGCACAGAAAAAUCAUCUCCCAUGCCAGAGAACUUCAAACUUAACCUUUAACUGGUACCAAGUGCUGACACUGCAGACUCAUUACAAAACAAUUCAGAAUAAAUGUCUCCUUAUGGAAAACUUGACUGACACGUUUCCUAACCUGCUCAAGUGAAGUGUUCGCUGUACAGCAAACGCAGCUAAUACGCACACUAAGGCACAUGUUUGGUAGUGAUGAAUUUCCUACACGUAGACUUUUUUAAAAAAUCUACUAUGGCACAACUUUUUCAACAAUUUACAUUAGGAACGAAACUUAUGGCACCCCAAACGCCGAGUCUUUAAAGAGGAGCGGAAAAUCAGAAACCGAUGCCUUUUUAACAAUGCAAUCACGGUGUAAUGGCGAGUUUUAUAAAAAUGUACAUAGAUAUUUCAUAAAAUGUUACUAAUUAUUAUAAAAUGCACUUUAUAUUCAAGUACAUACAGAUUAAAGGGGUUUUUUUUUUCAGGAUGAACAAAUGAGUAAACGUUAAAGUCCGCAGACGGACAGUUACAUUCAGGGUUUAUGUGGAUGAUUGCAGUGGAUUUAUACCGGUUUAAAACUAACCUGUUUUUUUUGUUUGUUUGUUUUUUUCCCCGUCAUUAUUCAUCAAGAAUGACAAGUAACAAGCUGAAUUGGUUUGAAAAUUCCUUAAAACGAUUCGAAUUACAUAUAUGAAAUUGUGGACGUGUUGCACAUUCUGUAUAUGUAAUUGAUAUUUAAAUAACUUAUUUUUUUUUCUUUUUCAUAUCAAAUUAUUAGGUGUAUUAUAUACGAAAAAAAUAGCAAUACUCUUUUAUUUUAUUUUUUUGCAUAUUGCUUUAGCUGAUGUCCUGCUACAGUACCUAUUGUAAAAUAUCUCUGUACAAAUGAUUUUUUUUUUUUUGCUUUGACCCAGCUAAUGAUUGUCUAUAAAGAUUUUGCUUGUGUAUUGAAAACAAAAAAAAGUCUAAAACUAUUUGUCACUCUGAAGUGUAAUAAAAAAUAAAAUAUCUUCGGAAUGGACUGAAGGUGACGUC